UUUAAAUCGAAGGAAAAAAAACCGUUAUGGCGAUAUCAACUCGCAAAACUGAAUCAUUUGUUAUAGCAUUCGUGUCUCUGUUCUUAGUACUGGUAAUGUCCGGUCCGAUCGUGGUCGAGGCACGUGCUUUUUUCGUGUUCGGCGACUCGCUCGUCGACAGUGGCAACAACAACUAUCUGGUGACAACUGCACGUGCCGAUUCUCCACCGUAUGGAAUUGAUUUUCCAACUCGUAGACCGACCGGUCGGUUUUCCAACGGUCUUAACAUUCCAGAUCUUAUCAGUGAGGCAAUCGGCAACGAAGAGCCACCGUUACCGUACCUUAGUCCGGAGCUAAGAGGGCGUAGGCUGCUUACCGGUGCCAACUUCGCCUCCGCCGGAAUCGGAAUUCUCAACGACACCGGAUUUCAAUUCAGGUUAUAUUCGCUUGGAGUGGGUCGAGUUCUAGUGACCGGAGCUGGACCACUAGGAUGUGCACCGGCUGAGCUGGCGAGAUCAAGCUCGUCCAAUGGGAGAUGCUCGCCAGAGCUACAACGAGCCGCGUCUCUGUACGAUCCUCAGCUACUCCAAAUGAUAAACGAACUUAACAGAAAAAUUGGGAAAAAUGUGUUUAUUGCGGCAAACACUAACCAAAUGCAAAUUGAUUUCCUAAGCACCCCACGAACUUACGUUUAUAAUUGGAAAACCUUUUGUAUUGAUUUGAUUUACUUACUACACAACCCUCACUGCUUGAACGAGACGAGCAUACAU